AUGGCCUGGGUGAGCAUGGGUAGGCACACGGGAAGAGUCCGGCUUUCGCUCCGCAGAGGGUUGCUGCUGUUUGCCGUUUGUGCUGGGCUCCUCGAGGCUCUCGCCUUUGUCGCUGUUCCCUCCGAGAAAGCGAGUCCCUCGCGCCGGGGCCUGCUGGGACUGCUCGUGCUCGCGCAGGCGCCCGCCGCCGAAGCGAAGCGGCCGGAAGGUGUCAAUCGACCGGAGCUGCUGCCAAAGACCGAUGCAGCGACCACGCCAGUCAUCGAUGUAGCCAGGAUUUUGACCAACAGUCAAGAGCGAGAGCUGGCAGGGUACAUCGCAGAGAUCGAGACUGCGGCGAAGGUCCGAUUGCGCGUGCUGACCCAGACCUUCCCCAACACCCCAGGCCUGGCCAUCAGAGACUACUGGAAGCCGGAUGGCCGGACAGUCAUCUACGUUCACGACACGGGUGGCUUGGGCGAUGGCUACGUGGUGAAUUUCAAUGCCGGAUCGGAGGUGGAGAAGAUGAAGCCUCUGACCUACUGGAGGCAAGUCCAGAACACAUACGGGAAUCGGUACUACAUCCGGGACCAUGGAGACGGAGAUACCGUGAUUGACGUCGUCAAAGCCCUGAAGGAGGGCCUGACUCCAGAAGCGAACAGCAAGUAG